GCCCGUCGUUCUUUGAGGUCUUGGCUUUCUAGUCUGUAAACCGAGGCUUAUGCCACUUUCCCUCUCCAUCGUCUUCACCCUCUCAAAUACGAUUCCUUAAAUCCCAGCGCCCAAACCAGCGCCUGCAAAGCCUUCCCUGGGCGGCGCGCCGCUUGCAGUUAAGAGUUCAACUCUUUUUUUUACAGAAUGGGAGAGGGCGCCCACCUUUAAAAAAUAAAAUUCAGCGGUUGGAUUUGCUCCUCGCCAUGUCUUCUCACAAGACUUUCAGGAUCAAGCGAUUCCUGGCCAAGAAACAAAAGCAGAAUCGUCCCAUUCUCCAACAGAUUCGAAUGAAAACUGGUAAUAAAAUCAGGUGCAACGCUAAGAGAAGACAUUGGAGAAGAACCAAGCUGGGUCUAUAACGAGCCUCACAUAUGAAGUGGCACACAUUAUCAGAACAUCACUAGUGUCUGGUACAGCUGCCUGUGUUUAAUGCUCUGUCCUCUUUUCUUGAUCUUUCCUCAUCACUGCUGACUGUGUAGCUCAGUAAUAAACAUGUGAACCUUUUGUUGGAA